AUGGAGCCGACCCCCACUGCAGACUCCGAGCUGCAGCCCCCGCUCCUCGCCAACGCUUCGGACGCCUUUCCCAGCGCCUUCCCUAGUGCCGGCGCCAAUGCGUCGGGGCCGCCGGGCGCACGAAGCGCCUCAUCCCUUGCCCUGGCCAUCGCCAUCACCACACUCUACACGGCUGUGUGCGCUGUGGGGCUGCUGGGCAACGUGCUCGUCAUGUUCGGCAUCGUCCGGUACACUAAGAUGAAGACAGCCACCAACAUCUACAUCUUCAACCUAGCCUUGGCGGAUGCACUGGCCACCAGCACGCUGCCCUUCCAAAGUGCUAAGUACCUGAUGGAGACGUGGCCCUUCGGGGAAUUGCUCUGCAAGGUCGUGCUUUCCAUUGACUACUACAACAUGUUCACCAGCAUCUUCACACUCACCAUGAUGAGUGUCGACCGCUACAUCGCCGUCUGCCACCCUGUCAAGGCCUUGGACUUCCGCACACCUGCCAAGGCCAAGCUGAUCAACAUCUGCAUCUGGGUCCUGGCCUCAGGCGUUGGCGUGCCCAUCAUGGUCAUGGCUGUGACCCGCCCCCGGGACGGAGCGGUGGUGUGCAUCCUGCAGUUCCCCAGCCCGAGCUGGUAUUGGGACACGGUGACCAAGAUCUGCGUGUUCCUCUUCGCCUUCGUCGUGCCCAUCCUCAUCAUCACCGUGUGCUACGGCCUCAUGCUGCUGCGCCUGCGCAGCGUGCGCCUGCUGUCCGGCUCCAAGGAGAAAGACCGCAGCCUGCGGCGCAUCACGCGCAUGGUGCUGGUGGUGGUGGGCGCCUUCGUGGUGUGCUGGGCGCCCAUCCACAUCUUCGUCAUCGUCUGGACGCUGGUGGAUAUCGACCGGCGCGACCCGCUUGUGGUGGCCGCGCUGCACCUGUGCAUCGCGCUCGGCUACGCCAACAGCAGCCUCAACCCUGUGCUCUACGCCUUCCUCGACGAGAACUUCAAGCGCUGCUUCCGCCAGCUCUGCCGCUCGCCCUGCGGCCGCCCGGAACCCGGCAGCUUCAGCCGCGCCCGCGACGCCACGGCCCGCGAGCGGGUCUCCGCCUGCACCCCGUCCGACGGCCCCGGCGGUGGCGCCGCAGCCUGA